CACACACACUCGCUCACACCUCCCCCUCCCGUCUCUCUCGGUAAUCCGGUCUCUCUGCAGUCAUCAUGGCGGAAAUCAAGACGGGGAUCUUCGCGAAGAACGUGCAGAAACGGCUGAACCGCGCGCAGGAGAAGGUGCUGCAGAAACUGGGGAAGGCAGACGAGACCAAAGAUGAGCAGUUUGAGCAGGUGGUCGUCAACUUCAGGAGGCAGGAGUCUGAAGGCUCUCGGCUGCAGAGGGAGAUGAAGGCCUACAUGGCGGCCAUUAAAGGGAUGCAGCAGGCCUCCAUCAACCUGACGCAGUCUCUGCACGAAGUCUACGAGCCGGACUGGCACGGCAAAGACGACGUCAUGGUCAUCGGGAAGGACUGCGAUGCCAUGUGGGAGGAUUUCCAUAACAAGCUGGUGGACUCAACGCUUUUGAACCUGGAUGAGUAUCUUGUGCAGUUCCCAGACCUCAGAACUCGCGUGGCCAAGAGAAGCCGAAAACUGAUCGACUAUGACAGCGCCCGACACCAUGUGGAGACCCUGGCGCUGUCUGGGAUGAAGAGUGACCGGAAGAUGAUGAAGGCGGACGACGAGCUGAAAAAGGCUCAGAAAGUGUUCGAUGAGCUGGACGUUGGUCUGCAGGACGAGCUGCCCUCUCUGUGGGACAGCCGGGUGGGAUUCUACAUCAGCACCUUCAAGAGCGUCACUAACCUGGAAGCCAAGUUCCACCGCGAGAUCUCUCUGGUGUGCCGGCAGCUGUAUGAGGUGAUGACGCAACUGGCCGAGCAGCACUCUGAUAAGAUGUUCACCAUCCAAGGAGCCCCCAGCGACUCGGGACCGCUGAGACUCGCCAGAACCCCUUCACCUCCAGAGGACGAGAGCCCGCCGGAGAGCCCCGACGCCAGCUCCAACCACAUGCUGCGCCCUGUGUCUCCUGGACCCCCACGGCCCAAAUCCCCCAUACAGCUGAGAAAGGGUCCGCCGGUGCCCCCACAACCGAAGGCCACACCGACCAAGGAAGUGGCAGAGGAGCAGAUCAUCGACCUGUUUGGAGGGGAGUUCUUACCGGCACCGACGCCGUCGCAGCCCAACGAACGACCAGGAGAAUCUCUCCUCGACCUGGACUUUGAUGCUUUUGAGCCAGAUGAGAGUGUUUCUCCAAUCCCGCAGACCGCAGUGCCCUGGGACAUGUGGUCGGGAGAAGCCCAAAAAGCUGAGCCUGGGGCAGACACUGGCUUCGUCGCCGACUGGUCCGCUGACUUUGGUUCGGCAAGUGGAGAUGCUGCUCAAGGGCCCAAGGCGCCUGAUGUAGGUCCGGAGGGGGGGGCAGACACAGCUACACCUCCUCAGGAUGGGGGGGCAGCCCCAGCUGGAGAUGAGAAUGCCACCGCUCCGUCAUUCUUCGCUGAAUUUGAUAAGAUGAAUGAAGUUAAAGCAGAAUCAGCUGAGGGUCCGGAAGCAACAGGGACAGAACCUGCUCAGGAACAAGACAAGUAUCCAGCUCCACCUGCAGCUGCAGCUCCCCCUGCUGGAGAGAUGGUGGAGGAACCUGCAGCUCCCCCUGCUGGAGAAGAGGUGGAAGAACCUGCAGCUCCCCCUGCUGGAGAGAAGGUGGAGGAACCUGCAGUUCCCCCUGCUGGAGAGAGGGUGGAGGAACCUGCAGCUCUCCCUGCUGGAGAGAAGGUGGAGGAACCUGCAGCUCUCCCUGCUGGAGAGAAGGUGGAGGAACCUGCAGCUUCCCCUGCUGGAGAGAGGGAACCUGCAGCUCCCACUGCUGGAGAGAAGGUGGAGGAACCUGCAGCUCCCCCUGCUGGAGAGAAGGUGGAGGAACCUGCAGCUCCCCCUGCUAGAGAGAAGGUGGAGGAACCUGCAGCUCCCCCUGCUGGAGAGAAGGUGGAGGAACCUGCAGCUCCCCCCGCUGGAGAAGAGGUAGAAGAACCUGCAGCUCCCCCUGCUGAUGGGGAGGAUAAAGCUGAUCGUUUUGGCAGCCCAAAGGAGGAGAAACCUGAUUCCACUGCCGGAUCUCCAAGCUCUGAGAAGGCAGCCCUUGAAGAGAUCGCUCCUGCUGAGGAAGUCAAAACCCCCUCCUCGGAAAAAAUGCCGAUCCCCUCUGUGGUCAUCGAGCCCGCCUCGAGUAACGAAGGGGAUGAUGACCGUGAUGCAGACAUAAUUUCUCCCACCGCCAUCGGGGACAGCGACAUGACGGCAGAGACCCAGACCAUUAAACACAUGAGUCCGUCCGGUGGCGUGUCGGGGCUCCCGGACGACUUCCUCUAUAAGGUGGAGACCAUGCACGACUUUGAAGCUGCAAAUUCAGACGAGCUGGAGCUGAAGAGAGGUGAUGUGGUGCUGGUGGUUCCCACCGCUUCAGUAGAAGAUCAGGAUGCCGGCUGGCUCACUGGGAUCAGAGAAAGUGACUGGUUAACACUUGGUGCCAGUGCUCACAAAGGACUUUUCCCAGAAAACUUUAUUCAGCGCUUGGAGUAAGAAGUAUUUCAGCUGGGUAAAAUACGAGGUUUGAACCACUGGUGGCCAAGCCGUCCAGUCAGCAUGUAGCCAAACCCGAAACCCCCGAUAACCUGCUGCAGAUGUCUGCUGGACCACACAAGGCUUUCUCUGGUUCAUGAAGCUCUACUCAAAUUGAAAUCCUUGUUAAUAAAAGUAGCAUUAUUCCCAGCAAAGUGAAAUUAAUAAGCAUGAUAUCAUAGUAUGAUCAACCCUUCUCUGAGACUGAGAUGGUUUUUUUGUUGAUUGAAAUAAGUUGUUUUAAUUUAUUGGGAAUGAUGCAAUUCAUAAAUGUUCAUGCCAACAGAAGGAAAGUAGUUUGAACUAAAUACACUAACCUGCCCCUUCUUGACAACGAGUGUGUUGUACUGGUUCUGUUGCUGUAUGAUCUAUUGAACUGUUCUGUAACAUGAAACUCUUUAGCGUGUUGUUUCUCUUCAACAUGUCAUCACUGUUAUCACUGUGCGUGUGUUUCUGUAAAACAUGGCCAAGCUUUCAUUUGGCAUAUGUUGUGAUGAGUUUAGCCAGAGUGUUGUGUUUUGUCCAAAAGAGUGUGACAUUUAUUAUCUGAGCAUUGGCAAACAACCAGUGCAAAUCCAGCAUUAAAAUGUAAUAUUUUACAGUUAGUAUUGUAAGAUAGAAAUAUUAGAGAAAAUAGAGAGACCGUAGAAUCAGAGAGUUCAUGUAAAUCCAAAUGUAGAGCUAUAAAUCAUAUGUAUAUUGAAAAUUAUAGAAUAGUAAGAAAGAAAUCCAACAGAAGCUUUGUAUUGGUCUACGAUCACAGGGAAUCUAUUAACAAAUGUAUUAUGCAAUCUAUGUUGUUGGUAUAUUCCAACGGUUCUGUAGAUCAACAAAUAUGAUGUCACUUCCUUUUUAAACUUAAAUGUCUACCAUUUUGCGAUGUACAUACAGUAAAUAUUUAUGUCAAGAUCAAUAAAUAAAAGUUCAUAAGGUCCA